GCCUUGUUGCCAGUGUCCGUUGAGAUUUGAUUUCAUUGAAAGCUGCUGGAGUCUUGCUUUCCUCAUUCUAUAAGUAUAUAUCUACUAAGGAAACUGUGUUUUUUAGAGGUAGGUGGAACUGUUUUAAGUUUUUGUGACUGUCCCUGCCCCGCUUAGAAACUGUUUCCUCUCACCUGAAGAACCUUAGCAACAGGGUCGUGUUUCAGUGUAGGCCCAGAGAAUGACAGUUGGUCGACACAAGUAAAUUAGUAUGACAGUUUUUACCGUCGAAGUGGCGGCGAGACGAUCAAGUGGUUUUACUAUUGACUCGCUAAUUGGCAAAGAAAAAGACAGUGGAACAAGCGAAAGGCCAGCGAGAAAUAAAAGUGUGGUAGAGUCGAGCCGGUCGUUUGUGAGGGAGAGUCCGGGCCCACGGGUACACAGACCCACUCCCCUCGUCAGCGCCACCAUCGGCAGGCCCAAGGGGGAUUGUUCACCAUGCUCAGCCCUCAAUCUCUCCGUGUCCGGGGCUCUGGAGUCCGGACAGCACGAGAGAACUAGUCUCCUCAACACCAAACCAAACUGUGACUCCAGGACAUCAGACGCGACAACGUCGUUUGGACUGAGUUAUGUGGACGCUUUGGCACCCCCGAUGGUUGUACGGAGGGGUCUGCCUCUACCCACGGCCCCUAACGCCCAUCUAUGGGCCCACUACUCCCCAGAACUGCACAGAAACCUAUCCUUGAACGGUACGCUGUUUGGUAGGACAGUGCCCUUCAGGCCAAGCCUGCCCUUCCCCCCGGGCCCGGGAGUCGUGCCCUUUCACCCAGGACUAAUUGGGCCACCUAGAGACUUAUUUCACCCAUAUCACUGGAAUGUACGAAAUCAAGAGGGUUUAUCACUUCCCCAUUUGGCUGGACCUGGGGCAGGACUAUUUUUUCACGCAUUCAGAAAACCGAAGCGGCAUCGGACAGCGUUUUCUCCCGCUCAGUUGCUGAAGCUGGAGCAUGCGUUUGACAGGAACCAGUACGUGGUGGGCCAGGAGCGGAAAGCCUUAGCCGAGGAUCUCAAUCUGUCCGAGACACAGGUGAAAGUGUGGUUUCAAAAUCGUCGCACAAAGUUUAAAAGAGUCAAAGCUGAAGGUGACACUGAUGAGAUGGAGCAUUCACCAUCCUCCAAUGACAAUAACUGUUUAAUUGACACCAAAGUUUCACAUCACGUGACGCGAUGGAAAAGAGAGACCAAUCAAGAUGAAGUUGACUCUGAAUCGGACGAAGAGGAAGUGACGAAGGAACAGUCGGAGAACUGAUAUAUAUGAGCAUGUUUAGCCAGUCACUAGAGUGAUAACAUAUUUGCUGGCAAUCGUUUAUCAUGCCAUACAGUGAAAAAGAGAUUCACAGUAGGCUGAUCAUUGAGUCAAAAGGGUUACAUUCACAAGCUUUUUGCUACAAUACAAUC